CAGCAGACUGUUUCUGUACAGGCAGUAGCGUGGUCAGCUGCGGGGUCUUUCCACUGGAGGUGACAUUCAAUCGGCUAGCAGAAACGGGGGACAGUUAGCAUCGAAAAACGCUUCAAAAUGGCACAGGCAGUGCAGAAACUGGUCGCUAAAGUGCCCACCUUGAUCGGCGCCGCUGUCACCUACUCCAAACCUCGACUAGCAACUUUCUGGUACUAUGCCCGUGUUGAACUUGUCCCUCCUUCCCCUGCUGAGAUCCCCAAGGCCAUCGAGGGGGCCACGAACAUCAUUAAGGGUUUCCAAUCAGGACGUCUCGGUCAAACCACAGUGAAGGAUGCUCUCAGGAAUGGACUGGUGGCCACUGAAGUACUCAUGUGGUUCUACAUCGGAGAGUGCAUCGGCAAAGGAGGCAUAAUUGGCUACAAUGUCUAAUUGUCAACUGUCAUUCUUUUUGUUUUUUUUCCUUUUGAGUGUUGUGCACUCAAUCUCCUGUGAGAAUCCUGGGAACCAAUAAACAGAUAUCUAUUGUUAACAAAA